AUGGCAGCAGGUCCAAUUGCUGAGAGAAAUCAAGAUGCGACCAUCUACGUUGGAGGUCUUGAUGACAGAGUUAGUGAGAGUUUACUAUGGGAACUGUUUGUACAAGCUGGACCCGUUGUUAAUGUACAUAUGCCAAAGGAUCGUGUAACACAAACACAUCAAGGAUAUGGGUUUGUUGAGUUUAUGGGUGAGGAAGAUGCUGAUUAUGCUAUAAAAGUGAUGAAUAUGAUAAAAUUGUAUGGUAAACCAGUAAGGGUUAAUAAAGCAUCAGCACAUCAAAAGAAUCUUGAUGUGGGUGCCAAUGUGUUCAUAGGGAACUUGGAUCCUGAAGUUGAUGAGAAAUUAUUGUAUGAUACAUUCUCUGCAUUUGGUGUUAUAUUACAAACACCUAAGGUCAUGCGAGAUCCAGAAACUGGUAAUUCUAAGGCAUUUGCAUUUAUCAACUUUGCAUCCUUUGAAGCAUCUGAUGCUGCCAUUGAAGCUAUGAACAAUCAGUACCUUUGUAACAGACCAAUAUCAGUUUCAUAUGCGUUUAAGAAAGAUGUCAAAGGAGAAAGGCACGGGUCUGCUGCUGAGAGAUUGCUUGCUGCCCAGAACCCUCUAUCCCACGCCGACCGACCGCAUCAACUUUUCGCGGAUGCACCUCCUACGAUGCUGGGACCGAUGAUGAUGGCGCCACCACCGCCACCAACACCCACUCCCAUGCCCCCGCCAGGUCCCCCAAUGAACUCUCGGCCACCACCACCUCUGCCAAUGUCAGCGCCUCCACCACCACCGACAUCCAUGCCACCUCCGGGACCGCCACCACCGCCUGGACCUCCACCACCACCGCCGCCAUUCCACCACUUUCCCCCGCCACCUUUCGGACCCCCUGGCUUUGGACCGCCGCCCCCACCGGGCGCAAGACCCCCGCCGCCGUGGAGGCCUCCACCACCACAGUUCAGGCCCCAAUUCCCCCCGCGUGGGCCACCGCCGUUUGGUCACCCGCCGUUCCCGCACCAUCCGCCAGAACCCAGCUAUAAUUAUUAA